AUGGCGCAUGUGCGGCGCGUAGUGCGAGAGGCUUGGAGAAGUGUGAGACAAGCGCAAGCUGCGCAAGUGCUGAGCUCCUUUUUUAGGAGCUCACGUGUGAGUGAUGAGUGGAGCCAUUUGCAACUUGAAAAAGAGCCAAGACCAACUACAAGAAGAUUGUCUGAAGCAGAGAAGGAAGCUGCCAACGUGUUCUUUUCCACUGCUGCACAUUUCCGAGGAAGGUUGGAAGCAGAAGCAGCAAGUCUUCUCGUUCCUGAUAACAUUACGGCUGAGCACCAAGGGUCGUAUACAUAUUACCAGAGGCACAAUGCUGAAGGGUUUUUGCUUUUCUGUCGAAAAUAUAGCGAGCCGAGUGAUAGGCAGGUUGAAGAGGUCCUUCUGGACACCGGACAGUUAGCGGCCGAAGGCACAAACUAUGCAGACGUUACUGCUUGCAAAGUUUCUGAUGAUGAGACAAUGCUGGCGUACAUUGUAGAUUUGCAUGGUGAUGAUUCCUUCGAACUGCGAGUACGCUCACUUCGCUCGGACUGCGAGUCAGCCACAGAAGCCCGCAUUCCAAACAUCCGCAGUGUGGAAUUUCUUGAGUGUGCCCACGAGCACAGCCUCCUUGCAGUGGAAGUUGAUCCAGAAAGCAAGCGCGCAUGCCGUGCCGUGCACUUGACUGUAAGUCCAACUGCUGCUUGUUCUCGUAGGAAGCUAUGGGAGGAGGAGGAUGCGGCUGCAUAUUUGGAGUUGUAUCGGACCAAAGAUCGCCUGCACAUCUUCGUCUCUUCAAACACGAAGGAGACUUCAGAUGUUCGUGUUUGCAAAUGCGGGGGAAGCUGCGAGACGCUUUCUCUGAAGCCGCUGCUUGUGAAGAUUGCUGGCGUGGAGUAUUUUGCUGAGCAUCAGGAUGGCUGGUUUUACAUAAUUAGCAACCAUGAACGUCCAGAUUUCAAGGUUUAUAGGGCCUCCGCUGAUGAACUUGAUAGCACGAACGGAGCGUGGGCGUGUUUACAACCUUUUUUCACGCCACCGGGCCGCAUGCACGUGACAGAUGCUGACUUGUUCAGCAGAUGGCUUGUGCUGUAUGGUCAUCAGUCUGCUGCCCCAGAGGUCUGUGUUGUUCCCCUUGUUGCAAACCAUGGAAGCGGAAAGGAGGUGCAGCCCUACUUGGUCGACCUGCCCUCGCAAAUUGGAUCUGUCGAGCCCUGCACCAAUGCAGACAGCAACGUGGAGAAAGUUCGAUACACUUUUAGAUCUCCAAUAGAGCCAGGUUGCACCUAUGAGCUUGAUCUGGUCGAGAGGCGUGCAGAGAUUGUAAGCCAGUGCAGAAUCGACAACCCAGAGCUGCUGCAGUCCAUGCAGUGCGACAGACUGCAGUUUCCUUCCCGCGACGGUACCUUGGUUCCUUUGACGCUGGUCCGCCACGUGGAGAGUGACCAAGGCCAAGAUGGCCAAGGUGCCCCGUGCUUGCUUCAAGUGUAUGGGUCCUACGGCACCUUCUUGGCACCUGAUUUCUGUUCAGAGCAUGUGGCUUUGUUGCGUCGCGGCUGGGUUCUUGCCUGGGCUCACGUGCGUGGAGGUGGUGAGAAUGGACGCAACUGGCACUCGGCUGGCAGGCAACUGAGCAAAGCCAACUCCAUCAUGGAUCUAGCGGAUGCUGUAAAAUUCCUACUCUCGCGUGGCAUCGCGAGACCAGGUGGUGUGUGUCUGAAGGGAUCGAGUGCCGGUGGACUGACCGUGGGUGCGAUGUUGAAUUCUCGCUCAGAUGCUGCUCUUGUUAGCGCUGCCAUUCUGGAAGUGCCAUUUGUUGAUGCACUUACAAGUAUGAUGGACCCUACGUUGCCAUUGACAGUGCACGAGUUCGACGAAUGGGGAGAUCCUGCCACAGCAGAGCAUGCUGCCAACAUUCGCUCCAUAUCACCCUAUGAGAACCUGGGAUCACACUGCUAUCCGUCAGUCUACAUUUCAUGCGCCUCCAAUGAUGCGAGGGCACCAGCCUGGAUGUCGUUGAAAUAUGCCGCUCGACUGAGAGCUCGAAGCCCUGGCCUUCUGGAGUUGCGAUCGCGGCGUCGACCGGCUGGAGAUGCCACAAAGGCUGGCAAUGUCGUCUUGCACUGCUCUGAUUCAGGUCAUGCCGGUGCAAUGGGCUGGCAAGAGAGAAGUGAAGAAUUCAGCCGGCAAGUGACGUUUUUGCAUGAUGCGCUAGGCUUGAGCAAGAUUUGA